UUUCCCCGCCUUAUCCCGGAAAAGGACGGAGAGCUGCGAAGGGAAAGCGCGACCGCCUGCUCCGUGGAGUCCCAUUCCCUGCCUCCCGCACUGCCAGCUCAGCUCCUGCUUGUGAUGCUUUCGGGGGACGGGACGGGGGCUUUCGGCAGGGCUGCGCUGCGAGGCCAUAGCCAUAAGAAAUGAGUCUUCACGGUCUCUCCACAGACUAGCCUUGGUUCAAACCAAGGAAGUCUGAUUCUUCAGGUCCUGAAGGAUGCGAGUAACUUAGUGCUCUGUGUUGAGGUACCCACCUGGGCACUGCUGUCUCCUGGAGAAACAGCCUGAGGAACUGACCUGUUGGCAGAGUGAGCUCUGUGGAGACGUGCUAGAGGGACCACCCCCCAUUUUGCAUCUAGCUGAGUGGACUAUGGUGGCAGGAAGAUGUUGGCUCGGAAGAGUAUCAUCCCUGAAGAGUAUGUGUUGGCACGGAUCGCUGCCGAGAACCUGCGCAAGCCACGCAUCCGAGACCGGCCACGCAAAGCCCGCUUCAUCGCCAAGAACGGGGCAUGCAACCUGGCACACAAGAACAUCCGCGAGCAGGGGCGAUUCCUGCAAGACAUUUUCACCACCUUGGUGGACCUGAAGUGGCGUCACACACUGGUCAUCUUCACAAUGUCCUUCCUGUGCAGCUGGCUGCUCUUUGCCAUGAUGUGGUGGCUGGUGGCUUUUGCCCAUGGCGACAUGGACCCAAGCACAGAAAGCACUACAAACAGCACGAAGUGGACACCAUGUGUGACGUGUGUGAGGUCUUUCACCUCGGCUUUCCUUUUCUCCAUUGAAGUUCAGGUGACCAUUGGUUUUGGGGGCAGAAUGAUGACAGAAGAAUGUCCUUUGGCCAUUACGGUUUUGAUCCUGCAGAACAUUGUGGGUCUGAUCAUCAAUGCUGUCAUGCUGGGCUGCAUAUUCAUGAAAACUGCACAAGCUCACAGGCGGGCUGAGACCUUGAUUUUCAGCCGGCAGGCCGUCAUUGCAGUUCGAAAUGGCAAACUUUGCUUCAUGUUUCGAGUGGGAGACCUGAGGAAAAGCAUGAUCAUUAGUGCCUCGGUGAGAAUCCAGGUUGUGAGGAAGACUACGACCCCUGAAGGAGAAGUCAUACCCAUUCACCAAGUAGAUAUUCCUGUGGAUAACCCCAUUGAAAGCAACAAUAUAUUCCUUGUGGCUCCCUUAAUCAUUUGUCACGUUAUAGACAAGCGGAGUCCUCUGUACGAUAUCUCCGCUGCUGACCUGGCACUCCAGGACCUGGAGCUCAUCGUGAUACUUGAAGGAGUUGUAGAAACAACUGGCAUCACGACGCAGGCGAGAACCUCCUACAUAGCAGAGGAGAUCCUGUGGGGUCACCGCUUUGUGCCCAUUGUCACUGAAGAGGAAGGUGUAUACGCAGUCGACUACUCCAAGUUUGGCAACACCGUCAAAGUGGCAGCACCACGUUGCAGCGCUCGAGAGCUCGAUGAGAAGCCAUCCAUUCUCAUCCAGACACUGCAGAAAAGCGAGCUGUCCCACCAAAACUCUCUGCGGAAACGCAACUCCAUGAGGAGGAACAACUCUAUUCGGAGGAGCAACUCCAUGCGGAGAACCAAUCCCUCUCUCAUCGUGCCCAAAGUGCAGUUUAUCACACCCGAGGGGAGCCAGAGCGCCUCAGAAACGUGAUACACAGCUUUGUGAGAUGUUGGUGGGCUUUGGAAGGAGGAGGCACUUGUGGUGUCUUGUUUAAAUUUUCUUUUACUUCAGAAAAUGAGACCACAAUGCAGAAAAGAAUCAUGCAAGAAAUAUUUAUUCUGUUACUUACUGAAAGCACCACCUAAUGGCAUUAAGAAACACUUUAGCACUCAGUGUAUGUAUUAAUAAAAAAUGGCAUGUACACUAAAGAAAACACAGUUCACUCAUGUAAUAUAAUGUGUAUUUAUAAUUGAUUUAAUGGCAUGAUAAUUUUUUUAAUUGCAUUCUUCUUGUCAAGG